UUUAACAUUUUUUCCACGGUUCUGGUAUCUUACCUUAUAUGGGGCGCAAGUUCUGGCGCACCUGUAUAGAAUUUUGAGAACUAGUUAUGUUUUAUUUUAGGUACAAACUUAUGAAUUUGGAUACAUUUAAAAUGUUAACCUGAUUUAAUAAUACAUUAUGUUAUUAGGAGUAAAAGUGAUAGUUUUUUGCUGACCGUAGUGAGGCAAAUAAUUCAGUUGAGAUACAUAAUCUCACUUUUACUCCGAAAAACAUAUACGGUUUUAUCCGCAAACGAGAUUAAAAACCAACAUUUAAUUAGAAAGUAAUGAACAAAACAAUCAGGACGCUUUGCAAGUAAUGAAAUAAUAACACCGCUUAUAACAAACAUCAAGUGUCAGUAUCGGAAUUUGUAUUGAGAUUAUCGAAAGCUAGUGAAUGACUAGUGCAGUUAGUAGUGAUAUUUAGUAAUAAAAGUGGUCACUUUUGCGGAUAAAAAAUAUUUUUUUUUGGGUGUAAUUUUCUUAAUCAAAUGUUUAAUGAACUGACACAUAAUAUUUAUUUUCGUGACAGAUUAUAUUUAUUCCCUUGAAACAGCUAAAAUUUCGGUCCUAAAAACAUAUAUUUUUCUAGUUUAACUAACUCCACAAAUUUCAAUUUAAAAAUAAAUCAUUUAAUAAAGUUCUCACAUUUUUAUGAGGUAUUUUGACUUCAAUUGAUGAUGUUUGUUACAUUUUUUAAGUUCAGUUUAAUAUAAAAAAGCUAUAACUUACAAUACAAAAAAAAAUAUUAACAUUACCGUUUUAAUAAUAAUCAGAAUAAUCUGAUUAUUGAUUUUUGUGGUAAAAUGAAGCAAAGACAAAAAAUCAUGAGUUUUUCGUAAAAUUUCCGAAAAAAAUUGUUUAUUGGAAAUAGAGUAGAACUUGCAUAAUUAAAUUAGAAUAUUUUUUAAACCGACAUUAUUUAUAUUCAUGGAAAACCUCGACUGGGAAACAAAUACGAGUAUCACUACAAUGGUUACAAAGUUUGCUAAAUUUCAAUUCUAGUUUGUUAUUAUUGAUAGGCAACGUAAAAUUUUUAUUUAAACAAAAUGGUUUGUUAAAAUUCUCAUAUUUCUUUUUUUUUUUUUCAAUAAAAAAAAAUAAUUAAAUUUUUGUAUCUAUGCACGACUUAACUCGCUAAAAAAGCAUUUUUAUGCAAUAUUCCAAAUGCCAAAGUUCUCAUUUCCACUAAGGUGAACACACUCUUAAAUCAACAAAAACAAAUUACGUAAAUCGAGUUAAAGUAUUUUCAGAUCAAUUUAAAAAAUAUUUCACAUAGAAAAUUCAUGCAACCAUGAGUGCACAUACAAAUAAUAAUACAUCUACCUACCGGUUUUUACACCAAUUGCGUAAUUCAAAGCACCUUGAAACGAAAUAUUACAGCAGUAAAGUGAUCAGUUCACUAACAUUUUUCAGUAUUUUAUUUAUUAGUAAAUAUGGAAAAUAAGAUUGGUUGUAACAAUAAUUCAGUCUUUUUCAAAAACAAUCAAUCAAAAAUUCGAAUAAGGUACAGUAAAUAUUUAAGCAAAAACAAACCCACAAAAAUAGACUUCGCGAAAGUUAUCAUGGAAUUAGAACAGGAAAACGCCGAAAUGGAAAAGGCCAUAAAUCUAUUGGAGUUCAAAAACAAGAUUUUAGAAGAAAAUUGUCAUUUUCUCAAAGAUAAAAACUAUUACAUUGAACGAAAAUUAUAUGAAAUUGAGAUAAGUGAGAGAGGUGUGCAAAAGCAGGAGGAAGAUUCUAAUGAAACGAAUGAUGAAACGGAACAAAAAACCGAUAAAUUCACAUAUUUAAAAGAGCGCAUUUCUGGUGCUAUUUUCGGCUUUGUUGUGCCAAAUUUAUCGAAAAUAUGUCACAAAAUUAAAGAAAAACAAAAUGAAAUAAAAGAGCUUAUAGAAGAAGGUGGUGUUCCCAAAUGUCCAAUAAAAAAACUGAAAUUUGAACAAAAAAUUGCGACAAUUAAGGUCAACAUAUACCGUGUAGUGAUUGUUUUUGGAACCCUUAUGGUCCUGUCAGGAGUGGGAUACGCCGGUUACAAAAUAUGGAAAAACAGGUUUAGGCAUCCCGCCUAUUUAGAUGACGACGACGAGAGUGGAGAUGAAAUUUUUAGAGCCCCUGGAACGUCACGAGGUGUUGAAAAUGCCGCCAUGCCAAAGACAAACUCGAGUGAAAGCUUCAGUACUGACUUUAAAAGUAUUUUAGACACAGCAAAUAAAAAAUAGUUAAGUGUUAAGUAAAAAAAUAAAAAGUAUUCAGUCUCUUAUUCAGACUUUUUCCUUACUAUCACAGUAGUUGUAUAUACCGCUGACAUUUAC